AUGUACCCCGAUGGUCUCAAUAUUCAUGAUGUGCCAAUAACAAAUCGAGAGACACUGGAAUCGGCAUUUUCUCUUCUUGGCAAAGGCCGCGUAUCGAACCUUGGUCAAUUCUCGACUGACCAUCUCGCCCGCAUGAUCGGAAUCAUAUCACCUGAACUGAAUCAGGAUUCAACGAUCCCAGGAGAGCCAGGGAAAUCAACGCGUCUAAGAUGCCGGGGUUGCCAGAGGCCCGUUCUGAACGACGCUUUUCUCUUCUUUGUUGUGGAAUUGCCAAGUUGUUACAUUAUCGAGGUUGUUCCGGGUGUCCAGAAGGGUGGCAAUGGCUGUGGGCAAGAUGGCUACAAAGGAAAGCCAGGUCUCGUCCCUGUUAACCACACAGUGCAGGACCAUACACAGAAAGUAGGGUUAUUGUCCAGACUAAACGCCGCAAGGCAAAUUGGAAGGGCCCCCUAUGCCGCACAGGCAAUGGCCUGGAGGGUUGUGCUGAUAUUGUUCGUGUACGCUGCAGGGGUUAUGGUCAAGGUAACUAACCAGAAAGUAGAAUGCGGGCGCGAAAGAGAUUACUACACACCAGAGUGA